CCCUUGUGGGCAAAAUCCUAAUGCUGGUGAAAAUAGAAUGGGGACUAAUAAUUAUGGUGGUGGCUCUGUGGUGCCUUAUAAUAUGCAUAGUGAGCUCUAUCCGAUGCAUGAGAAUGCUUAUUUCGAUUUCUUUCCGCCGGGUUAUCGUUUCAAGCCUAGCGACGAAGAACUUGUUGUACAUUACUUGAGGAAGAAGAUACUGAAUGAGAGUUUGCCGCCCAAUCGGAUCGAGGAGGUUGAGCUUUAUAAGAGAAAUCCUCAGGACCUUGCAGAGAAUUAUACUUCCAAUGGAGACAACGAGUGGUAUUUCUUUACCCCGAGAGAUAGAAAGUACAAGAAUGGGCAGAGGCCUAAUCGAUCUGCUGGUGAUGGAUACUGGAAGGCUACUGGAGCUGAUAGACCUGUCAAUCACAAGGGAGUUAAAGUAGGAUCCAGGAAGGUUUUAGUCUUCUACAAGGGAAAGCCUCCCAACGGUGACAAAACUUACUGGAUUAUGCAUGAAUUUACAGUGGCCAAUCUUCCUAGGAGAAAAAAGUCUCCAGUUGAAAAUGAUAUGCGCCUGGAUGACUGGGUGUUAUGUAGGCUAUAUAAGAAUUCCAAAAGUCCAGGCCGUGCAAGAGACAGUCAAGUCCCGGAUCAAGAGACUGAAAAUGAAGUUCCUCCUCUGAUUCAGGACCGUGAGAAAGAGCCAAAAGUAGAGGAAUCCAAUAUGCUGCCUCAAGAAAAUUUCCUUGCGCCCUUUGAACAAAUGUAUAGUUCUUACAACCAGGCAAAUCCAACGGGGUUGUAUUAUUAUGACAAUUCUCCAUUUCUUCAUGGCUGUCAAAGUGGCUUGAGUGAUGGCUCUGAACCUUUAUACACUCAGCCUUGGCAUAAUCCGACGAUUCACCAUAUGUCUGGUUAUCAUCAAAAUCCAAUGUUGCCUCCAGAACUAUUUUCUUCUGCGGAUAACAUAACGCAGGAGCAGUUAAAUGACUAUCACUCAGGUGACUUUUCGAAUGUUCUUCCAUUCAGUGAUUGUCCAGGGGCUUCCACCCGUCAUUUUUUCGCCCAAUGA